AUGAAUUCCCAAGCCAUGGACCGUCGGGAGGCCGAGGUGACCUACCAGACCCUCCGGGGCCUCGAGCCGGCCGAGUCCUGGGUCGUCCCCCCCUGCAUCCUCCACUACGCCGAGGGUGAAGUGGACGAGGCGGGCCGGCUCGACGGCCCGGCCCACGUGCAGACCGCCAUGGGCUUCCGCUUCGACGGGACGUUUCGCCAGGGCCAAAUGGCGGGCUUUGGCUGCAUGCGCUGGGCCGACGGUUAUACCGUCCAGGGCCAUUUUGACCACGGCGCCGCCAACGGCAAAGGGGCGCUGAUCUGGCCGAACGGGGACCGCUAUGAGGGCCAUUUGGCUUAUUCGAUUCGCCAGGGGGUGGGCCGGCUGAGCUCGCAUGGGGGGCGGGCGGUUUAUCAGGGGGCGUGGGCCCACGGGAGGCGGAACGGCCGCGGGUCGCAGCAAUUCCCCGAUGGGAAUAUCUACGACGGGGAAUGGCAAGACGACGAACGGCAGGGCCAUGGGGUGAUGAUCUACCACAACGGGGAUUGCUAUGAGGGGGAUUGGGCCCACGACGAGCGGCACGGGAAGGGGGAAAUGGCGUGGAAGAAAGGCGCCGCGGGGUAUACGGAGCUGUAUGAGGGCACCUGGGUCCACGGGCUCCCUUCCGGGCAGGGACGCUCCACGAUGAUCACCUACCUCGAGGGGUCGGGGGCCUCCACCUACAACCCGAUCAGCGAAAGCGGUGACUUUCUUAUUCCCAGUAAUUUUGUCAUUCCCUUCGAUUGCGGUACCAACGUCUACGAGGGUAGCUUCAUGAAUGGCAAACGUGAGGGUCAAGGGAUCUUCUACUAUGCCGAUGGUAGCCGUUUUGAGGGCACUUGGCAGAAUGGAAGGAAAAAUGGCACCUGUAAGUUCAUCGGCGCCAUCAGCCAACCGUUUUACGGGACCUUUGUGGAUGACAUUCCCCAAAACCUCCCCCCACUUUCCGUCCCGGGCUACGAAAAUGCCAUUUCCUCAAUUUACAUCGAGGACCUCUGCACCAUGGCGGAUGAAAACGAGGUGCAGGUGGUGGCAUCGACCAAGGCCAUUUUACUUCGUUUUAAUCCAUGGAUGAAGUCGCUGUUUCGUCGAUGUUGUUGUUUGCAAAAUGAGGUCUUUUUAAUCACCACGCCGGAUAACUGGUGGAAACAUCGCUUGCCGGGUCUUAUUACGAUGCCGCAGCUCCUUCGCUUUCUCAAUGACGUGCAUAUCUUGGGUGGGGUGGUGAUGGUAAGUACGGUGGUGCGUUGUGUGCUCGACACCAUUCACGCCGAGAAAAUCGACAACUUCACCACCGACAGCCCCGGAUCCAUCGCGCGCGAAGAGGCCAUCCGCAAGCGCCGAUUUAUUGAUGAGGUGCAUGCUCUACGAGCCAAUCUCAAUUAUCGACAAUUCACCGAAGUCCUCAUACGAUUGGCGAACGUGGUGGUGGUGGGGCCUUCAUUCGUGACGGUGGGCCAGAAGUUCGUGAACUUUAUUGAUCGACUUUCCGGCAAUGUCUCGGUGAGCCCUCUUUUCCCCCAGACAAGGGCCCAGGAGGUGAAUGUGAUGCCCCAUUUAGAUUCCUUGCGGAGCAUCUUUCACGGACUGGUGGAGCUGGAGCACAUCGAACCGAACGCGCACUUUUUAUCCGUGCGCUUUUUAAUGCGAUUUCUGAACCCUUUGCUGGGGAGGCAUGGACUCGAGUUGCGAAGGACCAUUUGUGAGCUUUUUCCACUGCGGACGCGCUACUCCAGCACCUCGCCGCCGCAGGCUUCCUUGCCACCUGGCUUUAAUGCCCCUCAAGGGGACCUUGGCUUUGAAGUAUUUGAAAAGGCGAGCGGGAGUUCGGGUGCCCUGGAUGCGGAGGUCGUGGCUGGUUUUGACCUCACCUUCGAGGAUUUUGUCGAGGCGGUUAUACUGAUUUGUCUAAAAUGCUGUGAAGACAACAAGGAAAACCCGGAGUUCCAUAUCAGCCCCGUUGUUGAACGUGAGAUCUUAUCUCUCAGGAUAUCGGAUAUGUAA